CGUUUCAACAUUCAAAUACAUGAAGUAAUAAUAAAACAGUGUUUCUUGAGCUGGCUGCUGCCCACACCAUCAAAGUGUUGUUAGUUGUUACCGACUCCAACAAUGAUAUCCGUUUCCGAUGCUUUCAAAGCCGUCUUAACCGCCGCUAACCGCCUUCCACCGGUGACACUUCCUCUCCACGACGCCCUGGGCAAGGUCCUCGCCCAGGACGUUCUUGCCCCUGACCCUCUCCCUCCUUACCCUGCUUCUGUCAAGGAUGGUUAUGCAGUGGUUGCUGAUGAUGGUCCAGGGGAGUAUCCUGUUAUUGCUGAAUCUAGAGCUGGGAAUGAUGCUCUUCAUGUUACUCUCACCCCUGGAACUGUAGCAUAUGUUACUACUGGAGGGCCCAUACCUGAGGGUGCUGAUGCAGUUGUUCAGGUUGAGGAUACUGAAAAGGUUGAAAAUGCUUCAGGGGAGCAGAAGCGGGUGAAAAUAUUGGUAAAAACCACCAAAGGCAAUGAUAUACGACGAGUGGGACUUGAUAUUGAGAAAGAUGCAAUUGUAUUAACCUCUGGAGAAAGAUUAGGUGCUUCAGAGAUCGGCUUGCUUGCUACUGUUGGUGUAACCAUGGUGAAGGUAUACCCUACUCCAACAAUUGCUGUACUUUCCACUGGAGAUGAGCUUGUAGAGCCAACUACCAGGCAUCUUAAUUGUGGUCAGAUUAGGGACUGUAAUCGUGCCAUGCUGCUUGCAGCAGCAUCGCAACAUCAAUGCAAAAUUGUGGACCUUGGUAUUGCGAAGGAUGACGAAGAAGUUCAAGGAAGGAUCUUAGAUAAUGCUUUUGCUUCUGGUAUUAAUAUUCUGCUAACUUCAGGAGGUGUUUCUAUGGGAGACAAAGAUUUUAUCAGGCCUUUGCUUGAAAAGCGUGGAAAAGUGCAUUUUGAUAAGGUGUUUCUUAAACCAGGGAAGCCAUUGACAUUUGCAGAGGUUGACUAUCAAGCAAAAGAAAGGAAAAUUUUAGCUUUUGGGUUGCCUGGAAAUCCUGUCAGCUCUCUAGUUUGCUUCAACCUCUUUGUGGUCCCUGCAAUACGUAAACUUGCAGGAUGGACAAAUCCUCAUCAUCUGAGGGUACAAGCUCGGCUUCAUCAGCCCAUAAAGACUGAUCCAUUUAGACCGGAAUAUCAUCGUGCCAUUGUUACAUGGACUGACAAUGAUGGAACAGGCAGUCCUGGUUUUAUUGCUGAGAGCACUGGCCAUCAGAUGAGUAGUCGGCUACUUAGCAUGAAGUCAGCUAAUGCCUUUCUGGAGUUACCGCCAACAGGCAGUGUACUUUCUGCAGGGUCCGUAGUGUCAGCUAUUAUAAUUUCUGACCUUGGACCUGGGGCUUUCAGCGAGAAUUGUAUACCAUCAGAUCCAGUUGUUGCGUCUGGAACUAAAACACGUCGAAUAACUGAAGAUUCUUCACCCGAUUCUGAAGUCAGAGUGGCUAUUCUUACAGUGAGCGACACAGUUGCAACAGGGGCGGGUCCAGAUCGGAGUGGUCCCAGGGCUGUUUCUGUUGUUAAUUCUUCCUCGGAAAGACUAGGAGGAGCAAAAGUUGUAGCUACUGCUGUGGCUCCAGAUGAUGUGGCAAAAAUUCAGGAGUUUCUAAAAAGAUGGAGUGAUGUUGAACAUGUGGAUCUUAUACUUACCCUUGGUGGGACCGGCUUUACCUCACGAGAUGUAACACCAGAAGCUACAAAACAGUUGAUUGAGAAAGAAACACCUGGUCUUCUGUAUGUAAUGACGCAAGAAAGUUUAAAGGUGACGCCAUCUGCAAUGCUUUCGCGCGCUGCUGCUGGAAUCAGAGGAUCCACCUUGAUCAUUAACAUGCCCGGAAACCCAAACGCUGCUGCUGAGUGUAUGGAGGCCUUAUUGCCUUCACUUAAGCAUGGUCUUAAGCAGCUUAAGGGAGAAAAGAGAGAAAAACAUCCUCGUCAUGUACCUCAUGCCGAAGCAGUCCCUGUAGAUGUGUGGGAACAGAGCCGGAAGUUAGCCAUUGGUGCCGGCACUGAUAUCUCUUGUUCCUGCUGCAGGUAAAGUUAUUUACAUUUUUUUUUUGUUUUGCUUCCCUUUUCUUCCUGUGCCCCUUGUCCCUUUAUAUAGAGAGAAAUUCUGAGAAGCAAAAGACACCAGAAAGCGAAAACCUAUAUGGUGAUGCGGCAGAACAUUUGAGUGUCCUAUUGAAAUGGACAUGACAUGUUUGUAACUUUGUAUAUCAAACAAAUAAUACAGUUACAGUGCGACUAGGCUGAAAUAUAGCAAAAGUCUUUCUUUCCAAUAA